AUGGCGGGCCGGGUGAUGUACGGCGCUGGGUACGGCAUCGACUCCGCAGCGUUGUCCACCAGCAGCCAGCCUGACGAGGCGGCUUGCUGCCAGGCCUGCUACACCAGCGCCCCCUGCCUGUACUGGGACUACGUCCGGAGCACCGGCACAUGCCGCCUCAAGGGCGACCAGGGGCCCACCCUCCCGCCGGGGCAGUCAAUACCGGGCUUCUACCGGGAUACCGACCGGGUGGCGGGCGCGAAGAGAGGUGCGAGCGCUUACGCGAACACAAACGUCAUGUUUAGCGCGGACCCCAACGCCAUCACCAUUUGGUCGCACCCCUACGCAUUUGUUGUUUCCUUGAUGUCUCAAGACAAGCUAGACUGGUACACAUACUUUUACAGGUCCUUCUAUACGUCAGAAGCAAUAACGGGAGCAACUUUCCGUCUCAACGCUGCACCUGCUGGUACGUUGUACCUCAACGGACGGCAGCUGUUGCCCGGAAACAGCUACCUUAAGACUGCAAGCAUAUCUAUCAGCCUGGCAGCGGGUAUUAAUUUAUUGGUAAUACGGACCUAUAAAGGGCCUAACGAUGGGAUCAAAUUAAGCUGGGCUUCAGGAACACUAGUCGCACCCAAUAAUACCGUGCUAAUGCGGACGGACGAGUCGUGGCUGUGGAUGACCUUUGCUUCAUCGACUGCUGACAAGGACAUCAAAUCUAAUGGCCCGCAAUUUGCCACUGACGGCAUCAUUAGCGACACCGGGCUGAAUAUCUUCCGCAGUGGCAGCGGCGACCCCAGCCCCUGGCUGUCCAUCGACCUGGCGGGCCUCUACAACGUCAACCGAAUCGUUUUGUACAGCCGACAGGACUGUUGCAAAGAGCUGCUGGCAAAUGCCGAGAUCCGUGUGGGCGGCGCGCUGGUGAGCAACUUCCUCACCUCGGCCCAGAUCCCGCUAAACCAGCUGGUGUACAGGGUGAUGGGGCCCAGCACCUCGGGUUCCGUCCUAAACAUUGAGCUGUAUCCGCCAGUCACGGGCCGUUACAUCACCCUGCAGAGCUUUGGAAUUAAUAAUGCCACCGUGCCUAGUUUGCUGCAGAUGGCGGAAGUGCAGGCGUAUGGUGAAUUAGCGGGAUUGGUGCGUACGACAGACUUGGGCUCGAGUCCGGCGAGUGCCCUGCUGUUGCGGGGGGGGGCUAGCAGCAGGGGCCUCGAAUUACAUGCAACCGGUACGGCGCUGACAGCAGGCGUGAGCACGUAUGUGUAUCACCCGCGGCUGACGAUCGGCGCUAUCCCGCCUGACCCUGAGGUUGUGUGGAUCUCAUCCCAACCCACUGCCUUCGUGCCAAUCAUGAACCAGCUCAUGGCAUCCACCUGGCAGUCCACCACCUUUUACAGGAGCUUUCAGCUGACGGCCGACCAGUUGCAGCGGCAGUUGGGGCAGUUGGGGCAGGCCGCCACAAGCACCAAUGCCACACUUACCGUCUUUGCAGAUGACCUGGCCACAGUCCUAGUGAACGGCCGAGAAAUCGGCCGUACAACAUCGUUUCCGAGCCGCAACGUUUUCCAGGUCUCGGAGCUGCGAGCCGGUCACAACCUGAUAGUGCUGCGCUGCGACGGGCUGAGAGGACCUGCCGUGGUGCUGGCCUCCUUGGCGGGGCCAGAUGGCGCUUUGUUGCUGCACACAGAUCACACAUGGAACUGGCUGUGA